AUGCUAGAGGGCAUCCGACCGGUUCAGGCGUGCUGUGCCGGUACGUACCGACAGGGUCUCGGAGAUAGCGCUGCAGAAGGCGCCAAAGCCGGAGUAGGCGGAAGAGUGCGGCGGGGAGGAUGGGUUGCCGCUCGGGCGCUCCAUGGCGGGCUUUGCCCCGACGGUCGACGGAACACUGCCGCCUGCUACCGCGAACCGCCCUCCUAUUACAUAAACCCGUCGCUAGCGUACGGUCGCCUCCUACCUGUACGCUUUACAAUCGUCUGUUGUCCGUUGGCACCGCAUGCAACAACAAAAACACUCAAUAAUUUUAGACGCAGCCAAGAUCAAAUAGCGGCUCUACGUAAUGCUACGACUUCUAAGCAUCUCUGUGGAGCCGUCGUCCUAACAAGAAAACUCGCUGUAACCGCAGCGCAUUGUGUGAUGUAUGCAUCAAAUAAUUACAUUAUACAACUUAAUAACUAUUGCGUUGACGACGCAGAGGAUACACCUCGAUCUCGAGUUUUGGAUAUUAUAAUACAUCCGUUAUAUAAUGAAUCCUCUAAGGAACACGACAUCGCGUUAUUAAGGUUACAGCUGUAUUUAGAUGAUGUAACGUGGCUUAGUGUGCUACCUUACUCCUCAUUCGGAAUAUCAGGAGACUGCGUAUUCUACGGCUAUGGCUACUACGAUGAAAAUGAAGUGGCUUCACAAAAGUUGAGAGCUGCAGCCCUAAAUCUGAUGUCACUCGACAAGUGUACGGAGUUAUUAGGAAAAUAUGUCGCCCCUGAACCAAAUAGUGGGAUGCUUUGUGCUUCAGGAAAUGGGGCCGACGCCUGUCAGGGCGAUUCGGGAGGUCCGCUAAUUUGUGCUGGAAAGCUUCAAGGCUUAUCUAGUUACGGUCUUACCUGCUCGAAGAAUGGAUUACCGGGAGUUUACACUAGUAUUGGAGCUCAUUUGACCUGGAUACUAGGAUAUUUAGGAAAAUAA